GUAAAGAGUUUUGAUUCAGUAGUUAGGUUGUUCCAAAUCGCGGCGAAUUUAAGAAUUUGCUAUUCCUUUUCAGAGGCGCCAACCAAAGCUCGCCCCAAUCUCGGACUUCAUCGUCGCAGAAAUGAGGCCAUUGGAUGAAGACGAAACCACACAUGUUUUUGAAAAGUUGUUCAAAUUCACUGGCAACAAUCUGAAGAAUAUCGUCGACAGGCCUUCUCUAGAAGGAACGGACACGAAUCCUGGUCGCUACUGUUUCCGUAUGCAGAAGAACAGAGUGUUCUACGUGAGCGAGUCUCUGGUGAAGCGGGCAACAAAUGUGAAGCGUGAUAAGCUAGUUUCCCUAGGAACCCAGAUUGGCAAGUUCACUAAAAACGGAAGCUUUCAUCUCACGAUACAGUGUUUGAAUAUACUUGGGGACAAUGCUAAGCACAAGGUCUGGCUCAAACCCACAUCAGAGAUGUCUUUUCUGUAUGGAAACCAUGUGUUGAAAGGAGGUUUGGGUCGUAUUACUGAGAAUAUUGUGCCUGGUGAUGGUGUGGUUGUCUACUCCAUGGCUGAUAUGCCUUUGGGAUUUGGGGUGGCUGCUAAAUCGACUCAGGAUUGCAGGAAGAUGGAUCCUAAUGGAAUUGUUGUUCUUCACCAGGCUGAUAUUGGUGAAUAUUUGAGGAUGGAGGAUGAUCUUUGAGACAAGGAUUUGGUAACUAUGUAAUUCAAUUUUGCUUGUGUUAUGAUCUUGUUUACAUUAGUAGUUUGUCUUAAAAAGUUAUUCACUGAUAUUGAGCAUUCUGAAACCUUAAACAACAUAUUUUUUAAUCAAAUGCUUAUGUUUUCUCAGUUUAGAGGAUAGUUUUAUACUGUAUUAAUGUUGUGUUUUAACUUCUGAUGAAAGUGAGUUCAAUUGAUGUGGCUGAAUGGAUGUUAUACUAAACAAAAUGUGCUCGAUGAACUUGAAUUUUUUUCUUACGUUUUAUAAGGAAACUUUGACUGUCA